AUGGCGGACCGAAAAGAUGUUCGCGUCUGGGUCGAUGGCUGCUUUGAUAUGGUCCACUUUGGCCAUGCAAAUGCGCUCAGGCAAGCGCGAGCGUUAGGGGACAAGCUUGUUGUCGGCGUUCACUCAGAUGAAGAAAUUUCUCUUCAUAAAGGGCCUCCUGUUUUCACAAUGGAAGAACGGGUCAAAAUCGUGAAAGGAAUUAAGUGGGUGGAUGAGGUUAUCGAGAACGCUCCUUACGUAACAACUAUUGAGACGUUGGACAAGUACAACUGCGACUUCUGCGCCCAUGGUGAUGAUAUCACUAUGACUGCCGAUGGAAACGAUACUUAUCAGAUCGUCAAGGACAACGGUCGAUAUCGCGAGUUCAGAAGAACGAAUGGAGUAUCGACAACUGAUCUUGUUGGUAGAAUGCUCUUGGCAACUCGAUCUCACUUCAGAGCUUCGCGUGAUUUACGGUCGUCAACUUCGGAAGAAGACCAAACCCAGCGCACUCGUGUUGACAGUUUCUCCAGACAAGACAAUACAGAGUCGUCUCCGUGGACGGGCGUUAAUCAGUUUUUACAAACAAACAAUAAAAUCGUCCAGUUUUCAUCUCCAAAAGACCCUAGUCCUGGCGACAAGAUUGUUUAUGUUACCGGUGCGUUCGAUUUAUUUCACACUGGCCACUUGGAUUUCUUGCAAAAAGUUCAUGGAAUGUACGAGAACAUUUACAUUAUUGUCGGGCUCCAUACUGACCAAGAAGUUAACCGAUACGUAUCUGAAGUCGUUAUCGGAGCUCCUUACACCAUCGACAAAAAUCUUAUGGAGCACUUUAAUGUCGAUAUGGUCAUUCAUGGCUCGACAGAAGUCUUCCCUAACGAGUUAGGGGAAGAUCCCUACACUGUUCCCAAAGAAUUGAAGAAGUUUGAGAUCAAACUCUCUGGAAGUGACAUGAAUACUGACGAUAUAAUCAGUAGAAUUAUUGCUAACAGACAACGAUUCCAAGACCGGAACAAAGCUAAAGAAAUAAAGGAGAAAGCAGCGUACGAAGCAGAAAUGAAAAGACGCGCAGAGCAGAAUAAAUAA